AUGAAAAUCAAUAAUUUGUUUAUAAUUGCCUAUCUUGUUAAUUUUAAAAAACUUAUUAAUAUUGCAAUUGACAAAUAUUCAGCAGUUGAAAAAACAUCAGUUAGAGAAGCAAUUGCAAAUCAAUAUGAUUAUCAGUUUAUUGAUUUUGGGUUAUUUUAUCGAUAUGUUAGUUAUUAUCAUAAUGAUUACUCAAUUGACCAAAUCAAGCAAAUCUUCAAUAAAGAACAGAUAUUAAAACUGAUUAAUUCUAUUAAACAUUUUGAUGAAGAACAAUAUCGAGAAUUAGGAAUUAGAGCAGCUCAAAUAUCAACAAAUAAUAAAUUACAUGAUAUCAUAAAUAAAACAAUUAGAAAAAUAGUCAAGAAUAAAGGAUUUGUUGUAGUUGAACAUGAUAUCACCACACUUUGUUUACCUAAUGCUGAAGUAAAAAUAAUAUUAUUAGCAGAUUUGAAAACUCGU